AUGCGGCACUUCUCGCUGCUGCCACCGGGCGCCGCCGUCCGCGUCCUCCUUCCCUUCGGCCUCCUGCUCCUAGUCUCACUCCUCGUCCUCCGCGGCCGCCCCGUACAACACCGCCUCACCGUGACCAACAUCCCCAACUCCGUCCCGGACCCCGCCGCGCUCUUCCUCUCGCUCUCCCCGGGCGCCAACGCCACCAUCGCCGCCGACCUCCGCGCGCUCACCGCGGGGCCGCACCUCGCGGGGACCCCACCCGCCGCGACCGUCACCUCCCACGUCCUCGCCCGCCUCCGCGCCGCCGGGCUCCACACCGUCACCCGCGACUACACCCCGCUCCUCUCCUACCGCGCGGACGCCUCCCUCGCGCUCCUCACCCCGGACCGCGCCCUCCUGGCGCACCUCUCCGUCGACGAACCAGCAGACCCGCAUCGGCGCCUCGCGCGGCCCUACCACGCCUACUCCCCCUCCGGGGCCGCCGUGGCCGAGGCGGUCUUCGUGAACCUCGGCCGCGACGAGGACUUCCGCGCGCUCGACCGGCUCGGGGUCGCCGUCCGCGGCCGCGUCGCCGUGGCCGUCCGCGGGGGCGGGUACCGCGGCGGGGUGGUGGCGCGCGCCGCGGCCCGGGGCGCCGCCGCCGUGCUCAUCGCCGGCCGCGCGGACGGCGGCGUCGAGCGCGGCACCGUCAUCCUCGGCGGCCCCGGCGACCCGCUCACGCCCGGCUGGGCCGCCACGGACGGGGCCCAGCGCCUAGGGUUCGACGACGAGAUCGUAAAGCGGCGGUUCCCGUCGAUCCCGUCUAUGCCGGUGUCGGCCGACACGGCCUCCGCCAUCGUACGGACCCUCGGCGGGCCGCCCUUGCCGCCGGAGUGGCGCGCCGCUCUCAACCUCGGGGACCACGUCGGCGGCGUCGGGCCAGGCCCCACGCUCCUCAACUUCACCUACCAGGAGGACAGGAAGAUGGCUACCAUAAAGGAUAUUUUUUCUAUCAUCAAAGGAUAUGAAGAACCUGAUCGUUACGUGAUCCUUGGUAACCACCGAGAUGCGUGGACUUAUGGAGCAGUUGAUCCUAACAGUGGGACAGCUGCACUUCUAAAUGUUGCUCGCCGGCUUGGUAUAAUGCUGCAAUCAGGUUGGACACCUCGGAGGACCAUCAUUAUUUGUAGCUGGGACGCAGAAGAGUUUGGAAUGAUCGGGUCAACUGAAUGGGUCGAAGAGAACCUUGGAGAUCUCCAUUCCAAGGCUGUAGCUUACUUGAAUGUUGAUUGUGCUGUGCAAGGCAUGGGGCUCUUCGCAGGUUCUACUCCCCAGUUGGACAAACUCUUGGUUGAAGUUACAAGACAGGUAAAGGAUCCAGAUGUUGAAGGAAAGACAGUUCAUGAUACAUGGAUUGCAAUGAAUGGCGGUAUCAGUAUAGAAAGACUUGCCAGAACUGAUUCUGAUUUUGCCCCAUUUCUACAUCAUGCUGGAAUUCCCUGUGUCGACUUGUACUAUGGAAAAGAAUUUCCUGGCUACCAUACUGCACUUGACUCUUAUGUCUGGAUGGAAAAUCAUGGCGAUCCAUUGUUUCUGCGUCAUUUGGCUAUUACCGAAAUUUGGGGACUACUAGUGCUGCGCUUGGCAGACGAUCUUGUGUUACCUUUUGAUUAUCAGACAUAUGCCUCACAGUUGCAGGAGCAUCUAAAUGUGUUUGCCGCUAUGUUGAACAAUAGCCAGCCAGUCAAUUUCAUAAAUGGAUUAAUUAAGGAUCUUUCCGGUGCAGCCAUGGAUGUUCAGAAGGAGGCAAAGGAGCUAAACCAACUAGAUAUGCAUGAUGGAUACGGUCUUAUGAGGAGGCGGCUGUUGAAUGACCGCCUUUUACUUGCCGAAAGAAGCUUCCUUCAAGCGGAAGGACUUCAAGGAAGAGCAUGGUAUAAGCACCUGUUGUACUCGCCUCCGGAGGACUAUGAGAGUGAACUCUCGUUCUUUCCUGGGAUUGCUGACGCCAUCUCUCGGUCGGGGAACCACAGCGCGAAACAACGGCAGGCGGCCAUGCGGCUGGAAAUGUGGAGAGUCUCCAUGGCAAUCCAGAGGGCUGCGAGUGUGCUCAGAGGCGAAUUUAGCUCUCACGAUAAACCACUAAGCUUUACUGUUUCCUUGGAUCCAUGAAAUUUGUGCAUAAAUAAAAUUGCUACUACAUGUUCUCGUAGAAAUGGAAGCAUGUGCAAUGACAAAGAAAAACUAAUGGCAUCUCGACGCCCGUUU